GCCGGCCGCGAGCUCCCGGGCGUCCUCUGCGUGGCCACGAGAAACUUCCUGCGCUCCUAUCAUGAGCCUGGCGCUUUGGUGAAACGCCUUUCCCUUGUCCAUGUCCCAGUGACUCUUCCCAACGGUCCUAGGAGGCUGAGAAAGGUCAUGGACAGCUUUCAGAUAAUGAUGCUGCUUGAACUGAACAAUUAAGCCAGAUCAGUCCGCUUCUGUCUCUGGUUUCCUGGUUACCGGCUUCUAUGGUGAUAGCAUUGGAAGAGAGAAAGGGGAGGUCAUUGAGGAAACCCCUGGCACAAGACGAAAGCCAUCGGCGAAACCGUCACUGUGCCAGCAGAGGGCCCUUUGAAGUUGUCACGGACACCUGCCUGCUUCGGUCUCCUCCUGCAUCUAACACGCGGUGGCAGGGCUUAAAGGUUCUAAAGUCAAAGAUCUUGAGAGUCAUAAUGGCAGGAAAAUCGUCGCUUUUUAAAGUGAUUCUCCUUGGAGAUGGUGGAGUUGGGAAGAGCUCUCUGAUGAACAGAUAUGUGACCAAUAAAUUUGAUACCCAGCUCUUCCAUACAAUAGGUGUGGAAUUUUUAAAUAAAGAUUUGGAGGUGGAUGGACAUUUUGUUACCAUGCAGAUUUGGGACACAGCCGGUCAAGAGCGAUUCAGAAGCCUGAGGACGCCGUUUUACCGAGGUUCUGACUGUUGCCUGCUCACUUUUAGUGUCGAUGAUUCUCAAAGCUUCCAGAACUUGAGUAACUGGAAGAAAGAAUUCAUCUACUACGCAGACGUGAAAGAGCCCGAAAGCUUUCCUUUUGUGAUUUUGGGUAACAAGAUUGACAUAAGCGAACGGCAGGUGUCCACCGAGGAAGCCCAAGCCUGGUGCAAGGACAACGGCGACUAUCCUUACUUUGAAACAAGUGCAAAAGAUGCCACGAAUGUCGCGGCAGCCUUUGAGGAAGCAGUUCGAAGAGUGCUUGCUACCGAGGAUAGGUCAGACCACCUGAUCCAGACCGACACCGUCAGUCUGCACCGCAAGCCCAAGCCUAGCUCGUCCUGCUGUUGAUCGUUCGGGAGGUCGCCCGUGCGGUGUAACCAACUCCCGCACGUACACGAAAACACGGGCUGGGGACGAGAAUUAGCGUUUGCAGCAACGGACCAUCCACUUAUAAAAUUAAACUAACCAUGUUGCUGCCUCGUUAGUGGGUGGGAGGAGGGAUCGAUCCAUCCACUCCUGGAAGAAUCAAUUUACUCAGUAGUGGCACCUUACACUUGUAAUUGGUAAUGGUUGUCUAAUAACGUUUAAUUUAAAUACGUAAGUUACAGAGCUAAUAGAUGAUCGAGACUUUAAUUAUGAUUAAAACAAAACACUUGAAUAUUCUAGAAGUUACUGGUGUUUUUUUUUCCCCCCCUGGGAAAAUGGAGAACUACUUUUUUAUGUGUAUUUUAUGUAAUUAGCAGUCAAUUCCUGGUUGAGGGAGAAAUAUUCCCUAAAGCAAUAAUGUUCAGUAUUAAAGAUGAAAAUCAAAUGCA